UUUUUUGCUUUGCUUGUUAUUCUGUCCCCCCUCAAGUAGCUGCAGGAGGUCACCACAGACGCGCUGCGCGGUGUGCUAGCUCUCUGUGCGUUAAUCGGCACGUCGGGGCCUGAUUAACCACAAGAUGCCAGCGGCCGCAAUGGAGUCGUUCUGUUGCGCUACGGCUAAUAGUAAACAAUGUCUGAUCGUGUUAUUUCAUUAAAGUUAGCUCUAGGUUGGGCCUAACGUCAGUUCAUUGAGCGCGAUCUGCGUCUGUUGAGGCAACUUCUAACGCCGGGAAGUUGAAUCUGCUCGUAAAUAGCAGAACUUUGCCAGGAGGAUCCUACGCGACUGGACCCGAGGCUGAAAGAUAAAACGAGCAAAGGGUGCGACUACAACAAGAGCCCCCACACCUACAGGGGCCCAAACCCCCCCACACACUUCACUGUGCCCCACUAAGUUAAUAAGAAAUGAUGGAGGACUCUCAUUUUAAUUCAUCGUAUUUCUGGUCCCCCAUCCCUGUACCAGGACAGAUUGAGAAUGCCAUGUUCCUUAACAAGGUGAAGGAGCAACAGGAAAAGAAUGCCUCCUUCUCUUCUUCAACUGCAUCCCACUACCAAACGGCUCUCCUCACCAUUCCAACUCCGGGGGGCAAGGCAGAUGGCGGCGGGCAGGUGGGCAGCGUGGCACACCUCCACCCUGCCCACAGCACCCAGAACAUGCUGUCCGUCCCCUCCACAGGCAUCAUGACGGCAGCGGGUCUGGUCAUCACAACUCCUCAGGGAACACUAGUCUCUCCCACCUGCUCUCAGUCAUUUGUCUCUGGUCAUCCAGCAACGACCAUGAUUGUUUCCGCCCUCCACUCUGCAGACAGGAAAGAAGGGGACGGGGCCCACGUGGUUGUGAUGCCAGCGCCCUCCAAACGAGGCAGAAAGAAGAAGACCACAACACUGUCUAGGAUCGGCCCUGUUGGACCAGGAAAUGAAACGCUGAUACUGGCUCAUCUGACAGCUGGUGGCCAGGUGGCAUCUUUGCAGCAUCAUACUGGAGACCCAUAUGAUCUGUCAAAUGAAGAUGAAGAUCACGGCCAGAAAGACAGCACCAAGACAUACAGGUGCCGGAUGUGUGCGGCGACCUUCCUCAGUAAGUCUGACAUGCAGAUCCACUCCAAGUCGCACACAGAGGCCAAACCUCACAAGUGUCCUCACUGCGCCAAGUCAUUCGCCAACUCCAGCUACCUGGCUCAGCACAUCCGCAUCCACAGCGGGGCCAAGCCUUACACCUGCUCCUACUGCCAGAAAUCUUUCAGGCAGCUCAGUCAUUUACAGCAGCACACACGGAACCACACAGAGUCAAAGCCUCAUAAGUGUCCCCAUUGUACCAAGUCAUUUGCCAACUCCAGCUACUUGGCCCAACAUGUGCGCAUCCAUACCGGCGUGAAACCCUACACCUGCUCCUACUGCCAAAAGCACUUCAGACAGCUCAGUCAUCUUCAGCAGCACAAUCGGAUUCACACUGGAGAUCGGCCAUACAAGUGUAUCCAUCCAGGCUGUGAGAAAUCCUUCACCCAACUCUCAAAUUUACAGUCCCACCGGCGUCAACACAACAAGGACAAGCCCUACAAGUGCACCAACUGCAAUAAAGGAUACGUAGAUGCAGCCAGCCUGGAGGUGCACAUGUCUACGCACACAGUCAAGCAUGCAAGGAUCUACUCGUGUGGUCUCUGCAACCGCACUUAUACCUCUGAGACAUAUCUGGUAAAACACAUGGAGAAACACAACCCAGACCAGCUGUCUGCAUCAGCAGCACAGGCAACACAACAGAACCAAAGCCAGGGUCCGGGUCAGAGCCGGCUAGACGGCGCUGACGGGGGAUCAAGCCGACCCGGGGGUGCCGGAAACGGAGGAACGGGCGGAGGCCAGCAGGGACAGAGCCAGGGCAACUAUGUCCAGACAGAAACCAUUUCCUGUCCAUUUGACCUGAACCAGUAUAAAACCGUGUCGGCCAGUGACAUCCAGUACAAACCUGUCAGCGUAGCUGACAUAACUUCCCACAAGGACCUCUGUCUCACUGUGUCAGCAUCCACCAUUCAAGUGGAGCACCUUAACUCUUAGAGGUGACAAAUAAGGGAAGUUUGGGGAGUGCUGAAGGUGAAAUUAAUUCAAGAAAUUGAGGUUUGAAAGUCAAAGAAUAAAAGCAAUACUAAGGUGAUACAAGAACUUAGGAACACGUGACUGUGCCUAAACUGUGGUUUGAGGAAGACGGGACAAACAAUAUGGGGACACCAUAAACAGAAGACGAUCAUUUUUAUUUUGUUUAGUCACUCAUUUUUUUCUGCCCUGUUUGAUUAGUUUUCCUUUUUACUAAGCUGUUAUGUCUGAGUCAAAGGUGCAUGUAAAGGCAAUAAAGUAUGUUUCAUUCCAUCACAGUGAUGGUUUUAUAAUAGGAAGGGAGUCAAAGUGCUUCUCUUCCUUGUUUUAUCACCUCCUGCUCUUCCCAACAAAUGCAGCGUUGGCUAUAGCAGUUUAGGGUCGCAUUCUUGAUGAAAUUGAAAGACUGAAGGUACCAUUUUAUACUUUCAUGCAGAGACUUUCAGUUUUCACUUGUCACUAUGUUUGUAAAAUAUUUGCCUGCAAUUCUUUCAACCUUAAAAGGGACAAAGAGGAAAUUCCUUUUAAGGAAAGAGAACAGUCAAUCAAGUUUAUAUAGAUAUAAUGUAUAUACAACAAGUUCAUAAUGUAUGAUUGUGUGAUUAAAGGAUGUGAUGAUCCAUAUAACCUAUUUAGACCCAUUCGCAGGCCUUCACAUGACCUUUGGGGAAAUGAUGAGCCAGUUCACUUUUCAUGUAAUCUUAUUGUACUGCUUUGUGUGUAUGUCCUAAAAGAAAUGUUAUCCAAAUGUGCUCUUGCUAUUAUACUUCCAUGAUAAUUAUGUUUAUAAUGCGUCUUUAUAGACAUACUGACGCAUCUGAAUUUUGUCUUUUUUCAGCUUAUGAUACAAUAAACCGUCUGAUAUCUUUCUCA